AUGUUCAAACAAUUAUUAAGGACAAUGACAACUACUGCUAAAUUGAUCCAUUCAGAAACUCCUGGUCCUAUUGAAAUUCUGAUAUUGACUAAAAUUCAAGAUUCGUUUCUGCCUACAUACUUGAAAAUUGUUAAUGAUUCAUAUAAACAUGCUCAUCAUGCUGGGAUAAGAGGGGCAACAAACACCACGGAGUCCCAUUUUAAUAUUGAAAUUGUCAGUUCAAUAUUCGAAGGAAAGACCUUGCCUACUAGACACAGAUUGGUUUAUAACUUAUUAGACGAUGAAAUUAAGCACAAGGGUGUUCACGCGUUACAACUUCGUACUAAAACUGAACUGGAAAUUAAUAAGACUAUAUAA